AUGGCGUCGAUGACUUUAGAUGACGACGACGACGAAAAUGAUGAUGAUGAUGAAAAAAUGGUACGAAAAUUGAGAAAAGAAAUCACGUUUAAAUUCCGCGUGAAGUUUUAUACCAAAUGGGGAGAGAACGUGGUGGUGUGCGGGAAAUCGCAAGCGAUGGGAGAGUACGACGCGACGAAAGGGGCGUGGAUGAGCUGCGAACACAUCGUUUUAAAUACCGUGAAGACGAAGACGAAGAAGACGAAGAAUAACGCGGAUGAAAAAGAAGAGGAAGAAAGUUUCGAAGAUGAUGAAGAAGAUUCAGGAGAAGAAGAUUCAGGAGAAGAGGAACGCGAAGGAGGAGACGAACUGUUGUGGACGGCGACGAAAACCAUGCGAUGGGACGAACCGUUCGAAUACAGGUACGCGGUGGUGGAUUCGCACGGGUCGGUGAUAUUAUGGGACGCACCUAUUCGAAUAGCAAAACUAGAACGGCAGACGUCGCGAGCUUUAACCGGGAACGGCGAGAACGUGGUGGAGUUUACGGAUACUUUUGAAAGGAAAAACCACGCAGAGACGCUGUUUUCAAAGAGAAGAUUCGCCGAGGUGGUUUUGGAUAAAGUGUUAGCGGGAGGACAAGGAGGAGCGACGCACGCCGCCGCGGUCGUGAAGCCUCAGCCGUGCGAAUUUUUGCGAAGCGGCAUUUUGUCCGGGAAGAAGAAUGAUGCGAACGGCGACGCGAGUUUACGCGUGGUAGUUUUGCGAUUUCAAGUGAAAGCGAUGCGAAUGCCAAGUAAACGACCGGGGAGUAAAGUCUCCGUGAGAGUGACGGGAAGUUGUCAAUCGCUCGGGAAGUGGGAUCGCUCGCGAGCGAUGCGAAUGGGAAACGACGAGUGCUUCGAAGUGUUGUCUCCUGCGUCCAGCGAUGCUUCAGAACAUACCGUUAAAGAUAGGAACAACACUUCGAGUAGUAACGACAACAAUAAUGGAUAUUGUUGGCACUUGGAAGUCGCGUGCGCUUCGAGCGAACUUCCCGUGAGAUAUAAGUACGAAAUUUGGGACGACGAUAUCGAGCAAGUCAUCGAAAGCGAAGAAUGUAAGAGAACUAUCGGUAUCGAUUGGGACUUGAAAAAACGCCAAUUCGACGAAGAGCUGCAUAGAAAAAACAGAAACAAUAACAAUAAUAACAAUAACAACAAUCGUGAGGGUGGGGAAAUCGAGGGAACGUCGACGGAAAUAAACGACGACGGCGAGGAAGACGCAGAGAAAACACCGACGAGGCACCGCGCGACGCCGACCAAAAAGAAGACGUCGACAUCUUCGUCGUAUGAGCCACCAAAAUGUAUCGUCGCGUCCGACGGACACUUUGCGCAUGCGAAAGCUUUUCGUUGUGCGGGUGUUGCGGUGCCAGUCUUCUCUUUACGAUCCUCAAAGUCCCUCGGUUGCGGUGAAUUUUCAGAUCUCAAAUUGAUGGCGGAUUUCUGUCGCGAAUCUGGAUUUCGGAUUUUACAGUUGCUCCCAGUCAACGACACGAGAGUGCACGGGAUGUGGUGGGAUUCCUAUCCGUACAGUUCGCUAUCCGUUCACGCUUUACACCCGAUGUAUUUGCGCGUGACUGAGCUCGAUCAGGAGGAGUUGAACUUCCCUGGAAGCGAAGAGAUGACAAAAUUUAUCGAGGCGAAACGUCGCGAGCUUCAAGAGCUGAAAGACGUCGACUACGAAGAGACGCUUCGAGUGAAAAUGUUUGUCGCUCGAAAAUUACACAAGCGCUUUCUCGCAUCGAUGCCUACGACGGAAAGUGGUAGUUAUGCGAACGGGUUAGGUAGUGCGAGUAAAAGUAGCGCGGGUGUGAGUAGUAACAGUAAGAAAGCUUUAAUUGAGUCGUUCGAGAGGUUCGUGAGCGAAAACCAGGAGUGGUUGAAACCGUACGCGGUGUUUUGCGCGUUGGCUGAAAUUUUUCAAACCACGGAGCAUUGGCUGUGGGGUCACCUCGCGAAGUGCGACGAUAAAUUGAUCGAAAAAUUAACCGAUCCGGAAACAUCUCCUAUUUAUUCUGAAGGUGUGCACUUCGUGUACUAUUUGCAGUGGCGUUUGCACAUGCAACUGAAAGAAGCCUCGACGUAUUUGAAACAGUUUGGCAUCGCACUUAAAGGCGAUUUACCGAUUGGUGUCGAUAAACGUUCUGUGGACGUGUGGAGAAAACCAGAACUGUUCCGUUUCUAUACAAAUACGGGCGCACCUCCCGAUGCGUUCGAUAAGAACGGUCAAAAUUGGAAGUUUCCAACCUACGAUUGGGAACAGAUGAAACGGGAUGGAAAUUACAGUUGGUGGCGUUCGAGAUUACGCUCGAUGGAGAAAUACUUUUCGCUCGUUCGCGUGGAUCAUAUCUUGGGGUUCUUUCGCAUAUGGGAACUGCCGGCGCACUGCGAGUCUGGUAUCAUGGGUCGCUUUCGCCCAUCUGUCCCGAUAUCAAGGCAAGAGCUCGAAGCGGUCGGUCUUUGGGACAUCGAUCGAUUGACGAUUCCUAGAGCAGAUGCGUCUGACUUGGAAUUCUUUUUCGGCGCGAGAGCGGCGGAAGUUGCCGCUCGAUUUUUCGAUGAAAACGAGCUCUUCUCGAACUCUAGCGAUUCAAAUGUCAACAGAGCUGGUAUAAUUGGUGGUGGUGGUGGAGAUCUCUCCUUCACCAAACGGUUGCAAAACAAGUAUUGGACGUUCAAACCUGAGUAUUCCACGGAGGUUCAAAUUUUAAAGUGCGAGCAGUUGAAAAUUCGAGAAGGAUCGCCGGAUUGGCUCGUCGCCGAAACGAACGAAAUUAAGAACGGUUUACUCGAACUCACCAGAAACGUCUGUCUCUUGAGAUCGGCGUACGAUCCAAGCGCUACCGAGGGUGUUCACAGCGUUGCGAUGUUUGAUAAGGAUGCGUUUUAUCCAAGGUUUGAUAUGGAACGAACUCGACUGUUUCAAAAGCUCGAGUGCUGGCAACGCAGCGCACUUUCUCGAAUCAGUCAUGAACAUUAUACGACGAGGCAACGAUUCUUGUGGACCCAAAACGCGCACACGACGAUACCUGCGAUUACAAACUCGACAAACAUGCUCGUAUGUGGCGAAGACUUGGGAUUGGUUCCCGAUUUUGUUCCCGGAGAGAUGCAAAAUUUAGGCAUUUUGGGUUUGCGCAUUCAACGGAUGCCGGCGCCUGAGCAAGGCGAGAACAACAACAGCGAAUUCGGUAUUCCGAGCAGAUACCCGUACGAUACCGUGUGCUCUCCUUCCUGUCACGACACGACAACUUUUCGUGCCUGGUUCGAAGAAGACGAGAAUCGACGCAAAAAGUACUACUCGCAAAUUCUCGGUCAAGAUAUCUCGACGACGCCGAAGCGAUGCACGACGGAAACCAUGCGCGCAGUCAUCAAGCAACACUUAGAGUCGCCCAGCGCGUUGGCGAUAUUUGCGCUCGCGGAUGUUUUAGCCAUGGACACAAAUUACAUAAACGAACGCGACCCGAAGGAAGAGACCAUCAACGAUCCGACGAAUUCGCGUCAUUAUUGGAGAUUUCGGUUUCAUACGAAUUUGGAAGACAUGAAAAAGAACGAACAGUUAACGGGUGAGCUCAAGAAGAUGGUCUUUGAGAGCGGCAGAAACGUCCCGAAAUGA